CUUUCUUCCAAGACUAACUAAAUAUCAGUUACAUAAAAGAAAUCAAAUGUAUCAAGAACAACCAAAUAUGGAUCCGUCCAGCAGACGGAACCUUCCCGGAAAACAACACUUUAUUAUUAAUCCAUAAAAUAGGAAAACAAGCAAAUUAAUAAUAAAAGGGUAUAGAAGGAAAGAACAGUCAACCCCAAGAAUCGUCAAGCCACAUGAAAACGAACGUCGAUUCUGACUCGGCGAAUAUCCAGUCUUGUAUAUAAAUAUACACAUACAAUGAAUCAUCCAUAGAUCUCUUACUAAACACAUUUCUCACCCAAGUCUUCAAAGCAACCAACUUGAACUACCAGAGACUACUUAGGACAAGUUUUAUGGAGGGACCAAAUAGGAGGAGCAACAGCCAACCACAAGAUGACAAGCAAGCUCGCUUCCGAGGCGUACGGAGGAGGCCGUGGGGCAAAUUUGCAGCAGAGAUUCGAGACCCAUCAAGGAACGGUGCCCGUCUUUGGCUCGGGACAUUUGAGACCGCUGAGGAUGCUGCACGGGCGUAUGACAGAGCCGCCUUCAACCUUAGAGGUCAUCUAGCUAUACUUAACUUCCCUAAUGAGUAUUAUUCGCGCAUGGACGACUAUGCGCUUCGCCCUCCUUAUUCCUCUUCUUCUUCAUCAUCUUCGGGUUCAACUUCCACGGGCGUGAGUCGACAAAAUCAAAGGGAAGUUUUUGAGUUUGAGUAUUUGGACGGUAGAGUUCUUGAAGAACUUCUUGAUUCAGAAGAAGGGAAGAAACGUUAGUUUUGUUUUCUUUAUUUCAUGUGGCGCUCUGGUGGCUUAGCAGCUUAGCUACGUGUAUUAUGUGCAUGUAUCUGCUUACUUAUUACUUAUUUUGGAAUUUUGAUAACGUGCUAUACGGUCAUAAAUUGUAAGAUAAGAUGUAAUUUGCGUUUCCAUGAAAUAUGAUUAUUAGAUGUUUAAAGUA